AUGGAUGAGAUAUCACAAACUUUUAGAGAUGUUUUGCCACAACCAAAUAUAGCUCCUGAGUCAUAUUAUGAGAUGAAGAAUCUAAUGAAGUCGCUUGGUCUCCUUGUUGUGAAGAUCGAUAUUUGUGAGGAUAAUUGCAUGUUAUUUUGGAAAGAAGAUCGCGAGCUGUUGGCGUGUCGGUUUUGUGGAAAAGAUAGAUAUCACCAAAAGAACCAUGGAAAGGGGAAAAGGCGUCCAAAACAGAGAAUGUUCUAUUUGCCUAUUACAGAGAGGUUGAAGCGUCUUUACCAACAAGAGGCUACUGCAUCACAAAUGCGAUGGCACGCAGAACAUGAGUCGCCAGAAGGAGAAAUGCACCACCCUUCUGAUGCAGCAGCGUGGAAGCAUUUUAACAAGGUAUAUCCUGAUUUCGCUGCGGAAAGUCGAAAUGUUUAUCUAGGAUUAGCAACAGAUGGAUUUAAUCUAGUGGGUAUGAGCGGUGAUUCCCACUCGGUUUGGCCCGUCAUUGUAACCCCGUAUAACCUACCUCCUGGUAUGUGUAUGAAAAGAGAAUAUUUCUUUUUAUUAGUACUAGUUCCUGAGCCAAGGCAUCAAAAGAAAAGCAUUGAUAUCUAUCUGCAGCCGUUAAUUGAAGAACUAAAAAGUUUGUGGAGCGAUGGAGUUGAAGCAUAUGAUGUCUCGAGGAAGCAAAAUUUUACGAUGCGAACCGCACGAACCGCCCUAAUGUGGACAAUUAAUGACUUUCCCGCUUACGGCAUGAUGUCCGGAUGGAUGACUCAUGGCCGUUUAGCUUGUCCAUAUUGUCUUGAUGAUACAAAGUCUUUUUGGUUGCAACAUGGAAGGAAGCAUAGCUGGUUUGACUGUUGUAGAAUGUUCUUGCCUAGGGAGCAUCCUUACAGAAGAAAUGUCCAAGCUUUUCGAAAGGGGAAGACAGUAACUGAUGAUCCUCCACCAUGGUUGACGGGAGAAGAAAUUCUCCGCGAAAGAAUCAACAACAUCGAAGGACUGAAGAAAACUGUCGAUUGUGGAGGAAAUGGACACGAGAAACCUGCGAGCACUAUAAACGGCUAUGGCAAAGACCACAAUUGGGUGAAGAAAAGUGGUCCAGUGCAUUAUAGAUGGAUGUAUCCUUUCGAGCGAUACAUGUACCAUCUGAAAAAGAAAGUUAAAAAUAAGGCACACAUUGGAGGUUCCAUCGUUGCACAAUAUGUGAAUGAGGAAAUAUCUACCGCUUCUGCUAACUUCUUUGGUAAUCCACAAGUAGUACCUGAGGUUCCACUUCCCAGAGAAGUUCGGUUUACUUAUCUUAUCUGGUAA